AUGAGUAAUAUAACUCGAUUUUUAGCUGUCAUUAUAGCCAAUGCACUCGUCACUAUGCUGUUAUGCUUACCAUUUGCAGGAGUGCCAAUUAGUGAUCGGUGUGAAUAUCAGUCCUUGAAAAAUAUUCUGAGUAGCAUAUGUGUUAAGGGGUCCUUCAUGAUUUUAUUAUUCAUCCACCGCUCUUCCAUUUUCGGUUCGGCAAAAUUUGGUUGCAGUAUUCAUGCAAAAUGCUACAUUGAGAAAUUUUCAAACUCUGCUCCGUGUCCUCUCUAUCCUCGACGAAUAAAUGUUGACUUAGCACUUUUUCAGGAGGAGACGUUAGCAUCUUUUUUUCAACCUUUCACCCCGAAAACAAUUUUUUUGCAUCACACAUGUGGCAUGUGUUCUAUUAGUUUUGUAUAG